AUGAAAUUCCCGAGCACAAUCGACAUCAAUGUCUACAAGGCGUACAUCAAUACGGCAGCGGCAACGUCUGCGAUGCGAAAUCACGGCAUAAAUGCCAUCGACUUGCACUGGGAAACGACCGAAUCACUCAAAGACUUGUGCAUUCGCAUUUUGGCGGAAAAUUGGAGUAAUCAACCGAUUUAUCGUGCACUCGAUGCCUUUCCCGAAGAUCAAAGACAACUGCUCGACAGCUUAGACGUGAGCACGUUGAAGUUAAGUGAUUUGGUGGCACACAUCCAGGGGGACGACGGCUUUUGGAAACGAUGUUUUAUCGCACGUUGGCCGAAUUUCGUGCUCACCAAUACGCUUGGCAAAAAAUGGAUUCGCAUCUUUUUGGAGAAACACCUGUCCGAGACACUGGAAAACAUGAAGCCCGUCGACUAUACGCAAGAAAAGAUGCAACAACUGAUAGAUUUGUGUGCGCCGCACAUUGAAGAGCUCAAAAUUAAUCACUUGCAACCCGGGACAACGGAAAGUCAUGGCGACCACAUACCGUUCGACUAUAUCCUCGCCAAUUUGGCCGAGUUGAAAUACGUAAACUUGACGUAUGACGUGAAGAGUGUGGGCAAGAAUUUCGUACUUGGUUGCUCGAAUAUCUCCGAUAACGAUAUUAAAUUGCUGGCACACGGCUUGGGACGCAGUUAUGAGUUGCAGGAAUUCCAUCUUCAUAGCAGUAAGUUGGAUUCGCAUAUGCUGCAAUUGCUGGCACACUCGUUGGAGAAACAUCAGUAUUUGCAUACGGUGAAUUUGUUGCAUUGUCGGUGUGGCGAUACGGGACUUCGGGCGUUUUUGGAUGCAAUUUCGAAUGAUUCGUUUCCGGCGUUGCGAACACUCAUUUUGACAAACAACUUUUUGUCAUCCGAUGGAGCUCUGUUGUUGGCACAGUCCCUGAGGAAACGAAAAAUUGAGAAGUUAGACAUUCGGUUGAAUCCAAUUACUUCGGAAGGGGCAGCGGCUAUUUUUCACAUUUUGAACGAUAUUCCGAUAAGAGAACUCAACAUGGCUUGCUGCAGUUUAGACGAAACCAUCGGUCAAUUCCUCUUCAAGGUCAUCCGGGAAAACAAAACUCUAAAAUCUCUCAAUAUCUCAGCCAAUCACUUGGGACAAAAAAUUGGCGAGGAACUGCUCCGAAUAAUUCCGCAAAAUAAAGUCAUCCAAGAACUCGACAUCCGUAACUCGGACAUCUCAUAUGCCAUCAAAUCCGGAAUCGAUUCAUCUAUACUCGAAAAUCGGGAUCGCGAAACGUUUGAAUGGUCCUAA